UCUAAGCUGCACUUGCAUUUCCGCGAGAUGCACAGCGAUGUCUUCUUCGCCAUCACCCUCAUCGUCCGCUGUGACGAUUCCAACUCCUGGAAAGUCGAUUCUCAAGAAACCUCCCCCUACACCGCAGUCAUUCUUCAGUCUUGGUCGACUCUCUAAGCUCCUGCCUACCCAAAACACCACCCCGUCUAAUGACAGCAAUGAUGAGAGCAGGACGCUCAAGAGGGCGCACUUCAUCCUGCCCGAGAUUGCUGUUGUGUAUCCUAUAUAUUCCACGAAUCCUCCAUGUACGCCGACAUUGAAGGAAGAGAAGCGUUCCAUCGAUGAGCGCGAGGCAGAGCGUCGGCGGCGGGUCGUGCGACGCAAUUCCGUGAGCCCGGACACUGCGAAUCCAGAAGACCAGUGGUGGAGCAUCGAGCAAGUCGAAUCGUUCUACAGAGAGUGCUGUGUCGGACGGGAAGAGACUCCUGACUCUGGAAUUUCUAUGGCCAUCCUGCGUGCCAAAGGACCCCACCCACGCACAGUUGACUUAUCUGGCGUGCAGCUUGCCAUAGGCUCCGCUUCGGUAUUGUCCGACGUGUUCACGAUAGAAUGGGGUCUCCGUAAACUGGUCAUGAAGGAGUGCGAUCUCGAUGAACACAUACUCAAACCGAUAUUGCACGCGUUACUCAUUCCGUCAUCUCUGACAUUCCUUUCGGUAGCAUCUAACCGGCGGCUGAAAGUGAACGCGUUCAAGUUGAUUGGAGCAUAUGUCUCGAAGGCCAAAAACCUUCAGUUUCUGGACCUAUCCCAGAACGUGCUGGAUAAGAAGGCUAUCGAAUAUAUCGCAGCAGCUUUACAGCCUGCACCAACUCCCGGACUAAUGUCCUUGCGACUUGAUGACUGCUCGUUGAAGCCGCAGGCACUAGAUGCUCUAGCACAUGCUGUGCGAAUGUCUUCAUUGCGUAAUAUUUCCAUGCGCUACAAUAAAAUCAAUGCUACCGGAGCGGUCGCCGUAGCACUGAUGAUUCGGGACUACCCUGACCGCUUUCCGAUAGCAAAUGGCUCGCCGUCAUCUGUAGCCAGUCCGACGUCAACAGGCUCGUCCAACUUCUUUUCGCCGCCGCCGACACCGUCGAUACCGUCAAGCCCUGUCUCGCUGGAACUGGCUCUUCCACCCCCACCACGUCCUGGUCCGAUCCUCCCCCCUCCCCGACAUCCCUCGGCCGCCCCGCAGACGACCUAUACACCUUACGUACCAAAGGCUCGACGCAUAGCACUAGCGGCGGUCAAACCCGAUAAUACUAAUCCGCUGUCACCGAGUGGACACCAGAUCCCUAUCAUCGCGAGUUCCGCCCAAGGUGGUAUAACAGCUAGAUAUCCUGUGCCGCCACCAUUCUCCCCCUCAUCCUCGCCAAACUCGCCACAGCACCAUGGCCCGAGUGCCGCGUUGUUGGACAAAGUGCGGGCAUUGGAUGCUUUGCCGAGGCUGGGGGCGCUGAGAACGUUGGAUCUGAGAGGAAACGACAUUCGGAUGGGUGUCACUUACAUUGCGCAAGUUCUCAAGCGUAACAGAACACUGAAAGUCCUUAACCUGAGUGAAAAUAAGCUUGACGUACAGGCGCUGGUGGCGAUCGCAGAGGCCCUGAAAUAUAACUCCUGCCUGGAAACUUUGGACUUGAGCAAGAACCUGUGUUGUGGGCCAAAUCUUGAAGGAGUCCAGUCAUUGCGCACGGCGUUCACACUGAACAAUGCCCUCAAGCGGCUCUUCUUGUCAUCAACCUCCUUGACGUCAGCGGGUGCUAUCGCCCUGGCCGAGUUUUUACCAGAGUCAACAUCACUGCUUCACCUCGAUUUGACCCUGAAUAACCUUGACAUUGCUGGGGUGAUGGCUCUAAGCUCCGGGUUAAAGGCCAAUCAUGUCAUGAGAUGUCUAGACCUGAACAUCCCUCCUGAUGACGAGGAAAUGGCUCGAAUGUGCCGCGAAAUCCUCAACACAUGCGUCCGGAACACUGAAGAGGCCGAUAAGGCGUCACACGCGAACUCGGAUGCAGCAUCAACAAUCAGUACGAGCAAGAGCCGCGCUCUGUGGAUCAUGAUUGAGGAAAGUGAGCUGGCGAAGACCUUCCGGCAGGACGAGCAGAAAAAGGUUGAGGCCCGUGGUCCAGGCGUACCCUCGUCCCUUGCUCCAUCCAAGGCUCCCGCUGACUCAUUGCCCUCCCCCCUGGAACAGAAAGACACACACAACAUCUUACAGGAUGCUCGCAUCGUGAAAGCACAACUCAAGGAAUUCCUGGCAGACGCGAAGGGAGGGGCUGCCGACCCCGUCAUGCUCGACUCCGCGCGCACGGUGCUCCGCCAGCUGGCCAAGGUCGUGCAGGUUAUCGAUGAUCCAGUAAGACUCGAGGAGCUGCUGGGCCUCAACGACAACAUCGCUACUCUCUUGACCAAGUGCACGCCUAAACGUCCCACCCUUAGUGGGCUCGGCAUCCGGCUUGAAAAUGGAAGGCCUGUAUCCGCGGAAAAUGGGGCCGCACUUGGGCCGGAGCUGCGCGCGGGGGAGGAAGAGCCGACGACCCCUAGGGCUGAUAAGGGCAAGGGAAGGGCUAAGCCUGAGCCUGAGCCUGUCGAGUCUGUGCUCACCCCGACAGGCCUCGGUGGUGGCCCCGGUGGUGACUCGGACGAGGAGGUUGAGGUCGAUGAGUCGCUGUUGGGGCAAGCUGAAAGCAUCGUAUCUCCGACGGACCUCUCAAGAAGCUGGGUCGCAGAGGAGGGCGAGGUCUUCAGGAAAGGAACAGUCUUACUUACGCCAGAAGAGAUGGAGAAUGAGUACGACUCGGAAGAGUUACGCAAAGAGCUCUUGGAAGCUAUGGUCGAGCGUCCGCCACCGCGGGCGCUGCAAGAGGAUUAUGACCUGCCGGUCGAGCCGCAGGAAUCCCCAGUCAGCUCUCCCUCGCUAGAUUCUCCCUCGAAGUCGUUUCCUCGGCCAUACAUCCGUCGCUCACGCUCGUCGUCUUCGACGAUAAGCAACCACGAGAGUCCGACCAGCCCGACCAUCCCGAGCACCCUGCAGGAGGCUGCGUAGACUAGAAAUGUUCGCCGAGGUCUCUGAUUCUGGCGGUAUGGCCGCGUUGAGCUCCAUGGACGCGCUCCGCGGGUCCUGCGACGGGAAGCGCAUCACUCUUUGUAGACGCAGUUUUAUGCUGCUACUGCGAGUGCACUGCCAGGGGGAUGAUCUUCGAACGUGCCAUAAUUAUAACAGGUGUUCAUAUUCGGGUUAUCCCUUUGUUUUUAUUCUACCUCCAUCUUCUACAGACCCUCUACGCAUUAUGCCCUCUGCAUCUUCAUCUAUAGUAGUAGUUAGACUAUUGUAGAACUCUUCAAUGCGACGUCGACGUUUC